AUGAGCCAAGUUACAUUGCCUGCCGAUCUUUUGCAGAACCUCCGGGACAACAUAUCGUUUGAUCUUGGGGCAGUGGAGGACAUUCGUGCAGCUUUGACAGAGGUGAACGAUCGCUUGAACUACAGAACCAAUUUGCUUGGCCAGGCUAUGGGCACGCUUGAGACAGGGCAUUCCCAUAUCUUCUCAGGAUGUAUGUCGAUGGAAGAUCGCUUGAGAUCCUUAGAGGAGGCUUUGCGCGAGCAGCAUGGUGUGGUUGAACGACAAAGUACCACGUGGAACAAUGAGAUGCUUGAAGUCAGAGGAUGCUUGGAGCAAGUUCAGGCAAGGACACAGGCACACAGUGUGCAGGUGGACCAAGACCGACAACGAGAAGCGAUGAUGGCUGCAAAGCUUGAGUCGUUGGAGGGUCGAGUCAGAGAUCUAGAAGCAGCCUGCAGUCAGCAAGAAAUAAGGCAAAAGGAGCACCAUCGCCGGCUGGAUGCUCACUCAACGUUACUAUAUGCACCUACCUUCAAUGCUACAGGCAGUGGAGAAGCUGUUGGAGGCACCGAGGCCCUGGCAGCACGGGUGGAUGAGGAGUUGGCUAAAUUGGAUGGAAGGUUGAAAAGUUGGGAAUCCAAGGUAGACCUCCUUUCAAGGCCGACUACAGACGCUCAUGAACAUCGACGAGUUGAGCACUUUACAUUGUCUCCUGACGGCCAAGACCGCAGUGAGCAUGUGGAAAGGGACUGGUGGACUCAAGUUGGCGACGAGCCCAACAGUGAUGAGGACCAGUCUGCAAACCCAUGGAACAUAUCCCAGCCUCCUGCAGUACCACCUGGAUUGACAUCGCAUUUGCACAGAUCCGAAAAGGCGAAGGCAGAGCACUCAAGUCAACCUGCGCCCGGUCAAUCUGGUAGAGCGCCAGUGACAGGGCAGAAGGAGCAGUGGAAGGUGUUGACGGAUUUUCCAUCAUUUGACUUCACGAGUAAGACACCGUGGGAGUUGGGGAUGGCAUAUUCAACGUGGAAGAGACAAAUAUGCACUGUGGCAGGCACUGCGUCUGGAGUAUUUCAAGCUUUUGUAGAAGAGUGUUUUGCAGAGGCUGAGGAUCGCUACCAGCGUGGUGCUCGUGGUGAAGCUGUUGACACACUGAAGGCCUAUCAUUCGUAUCCCUCGGGGUAUGGUGGUAGACUGGUGGUUCAAUUGUUACGAGUUCUUCCCGAGGAAAUAACUGCGCCAGCCGUUGAGAUGACGACUCCUACGACAGAGAUCCAUCCGGUUCAAGUACUGGAGGAGUUGGUAGGACAGGUGCAGCCUGGUGGAUGUGAAGAACAGACCAGUUUAACCAGAUUUGUGAGAUCCUUGGAGGCAGUACAGACGGCGUCUGCGGCUAUACAAGUCAUCAGACGAUGGAAGCUUGCCAGGGCAAGAAUACAAACCCUUGGUCUUCCAGAGAUUGCGCCGUUUGAACUUCUGCGAGGACUGCAAAACUUGGUCAGUCGUCUCGAAAAGAGACAUGAGUCCCUACGCACGCGAAUGUCGAUAUGUCGUCUUGAUGCUUCUGUGCAACUAGGACAGACGAGGGGAGUGGAUCUCGUUCUCGACAACCUGGAAAAGGAGUUGCGCUUGAUUUCUGCAAAUGAAUAUGCUAAGAACAGGACAUCUGACGAAGGUGACAGCCCCAAGACCGAUGCCGAGAAGAAGAAGAUUCCGUGCAGACAUCACAAGCGAGGAGGCUGCAAGCUGGGCGACAAGUGCAAGUACUCUCAUGCUGCACAGGCCCAGACUCAGGGAGAUGCAGCUCAGACUUUGCUGGGAGUUGAGUCCGGAGGUGGAGAUGAGCCAGAUACCGAUAGCGAGUCAUCUUUGGAAGGUUCUAUUGGACAGGAGGAGGUAGACUCCGAGGCAUCCACUCCAAGCACGCAACCGGACAUGCGCAACGAGAAUGACAUCGACCUCUACAUGGCGGAGGCGCUACAGAGGGCGCAGGAGGAGAGGCAAAGACGGCAACCUCUCUGGAAACUGCAUCUUGAACCAAUGGAGUAUUUGGCGUGGCGAAAUAGCGACAUUCUCACAACCGAGAAGGCCUUUGUGGAGGUAGACAAUCCAUACGAUGUAGCUGCUGGAGUGUCUGUUAUCCUUGCUGGCUUAGAUGAAAAUUUGCCUCUCUAUGACAUCGAGAUAGGAGAUGAGCAGAUUUUGUUGGCUGCACAUGACAUGCUGAUUAUGUGUGAUGAUGACGUAGUCAGGCCAGGAAUUCUGGUAUGGCUGAUAAGUAUGUCCGACCGAAAUGAGCUGCUCAUGGCAAUGAUCGAGACGAACAGGCCGCCCCGGGUGUACAGCCCCAGACCAGCAGUUGUACCUCGUCCAGUACCUCAAGCUCGACGUGCCGAUGCUAAGGCAGUGACAGAGGGAGAUGAAUGCUCAGAUGUGCUGCUGGAUACUGGUGCAAAUGAAGUAGUCCGAACUGCUCCAGGGCCAAAACCUGCAAGGGCAAGACCCGCGCCUUUGGUUCUUGCAGAUGGGCAGCAGGUGAAUGCUUGGCGCACUCGAGAUGGCGAGAUGUUCGUGGAGGCUCAGGAGGGAACUUCAACAUUGUGUGCCGUAUGCCGACUCAUACAGAUUGGAGUUUCGUUCCUGUGGGAUGCUUCUGGAGCACAUCUAAAAAUGCCGCAGAGUUUGGGUGGUGAAUGGGUGCAGCUGGAGAUCCGAAAUGGACUUCCAUUUCUCGACUUUACGCAAUACAAGCGCCUACGACCACUUCUGACCAGGAAUUGGAAAGAGACUUGCAUGAGUGCUGUGAGUCCGUGUGCAAGUGAGGAGCCGCUUGGAGAGCCUUACGUCGUGAGCUGGGAGGAUAUCGCCAAGGAGCCGGAAGGCGAGGCGGAAGCGCGCGCCCUGUUGGAUCGGCCAGGACCGCUGAACUAUGUGGACGUCGCCAAUGUGAUCCGCGCGGCCAAGCUACAGCCAAUGAUUACCAACCGGAAGAACAAAGUUUCGAAUCCCGAAAGCAAGUUAAAGAUUUGGGUGUUUGGAUCGUGGGUGCAAGGAGGACUACAUGGUAUUACCAAGAUCACUUUGGAACGGCCGUGUUUAGCUCGACUUCUGGGACGCUUCAUGAGGGAACAGACAGACAAUCCUUUCCUAUCCAUCGCAGUCUCUGAAGACGUCGUGUUCAAGCCCCACAAAGAUCCGAACGACGGAAACAUCCCGAACACACUGCUGGGAAUUUCUUCUUACACCGGAGGAGAAUUGUGGCUGGAGGAUGAUGACAAUGCGCCGGCGAACGACCAGAAGCGAUACUGGAGAGUGGUGAAGCCUGGGGAGAAGCCAAGACCUGGAACACCACAUGCUACGGCUGGCGGAAGAAAGGUUGAAUUCCUGGGAACACGCUACCACGGCACAGAGGCGUACAAGGGAUCCCGAAAGGUCCUGAUCUCAUACACUCCUCGCGACUGGUGGACACUUGGGAGAAAAAAUCUCGACACUCUGGAGGCGUUGGAAUUUCGAGUGCCAGGUAGAUACUUGGAUACCCACUUGAGCUCCACUGCGCGACAGAUUGCCGACCACCAGUCUGAGUUCAGGGAAGAGAUAAGUGACAGUGAAAGUUUUUCCCAUGGUGCCUCGCUUGCGUGUGCUUUUCACUUGAAGUAUAAGAACACUUGUGUGCACUGCCAAGCAAGCCGCGGCCAUCGACGAGCUCACUACAAAAUUCCGCGUGACCAAAUCAGUACUGGAGUUAUCAGCUUUGAUCUUUCUGGUCCACAUGACAAGGCACGGGAUGGGGCUCGCUACUUUCUGGUUGGUGUUCUUGUAAACAAAGAAGCUACAUCAGUUCCCUACGUGCGCGUGCAGAAAUCCAAGAAGGCAGUCGAAACGCUUGCAGGGAUUAAGUCAAUUUUGGCACAGAUUCGCGCUGAAGCUGACAAUCCUGAAGUGGUGAUUCGUGUGCACAGUGACGGGGGAGGUGAAUUUACAGCUGCUAACGUGGUUGAUGAGGUCGCCCGCGAAGGACUUUGGAAAACCCUGUCCGCUGCCUAUGAACCUGAGGCCAAUGGGAAGGCGGAGAGACAGGUACAAGCUGUAAAGGAGGCAGCAACAAGCCUUCUUCUUCAUGCUGACAUGCCGAAGUCUUUUUGGUCGUACGCAGUAAAGCAAGCUGCGUAUGAACUUCGUUUGCAGGCACUCAACAUUGACAGACCAGUUGGAACACCCACCUUCGGAGGGGCAUUCGGUAUUCCCAGUUAA